UCAUCAUCAAACGGCUGUUGCAGCAGCAGCAACGGGCGGCCCGUACAACCACGUCCUUCACUUCCCUUCCACCGCCGGCGGCUCGCCGCCGCACGCCACCAGCAACCCGCCGCGCCGCUCUCCUUCCCCGGCGCCGGUCGGAGCGAGCCCGCCUGUGCUCGACCCAGAGUCGCCUACGUCCGGAGCCGGAGCCGCCUAGUCGUGCAGCGGAGAGGGAGAGAGACAGGAGAGGAGAGGGAGGAAGAGGACGCGCCCAAAUCGCGCGAUUCGAUCGAGGCCACCCCGCGAUUCGCCGAGUCCCAAUCCGAGCCCACCAAAUUGGGCGCGCGCGCGCGGUCACCAGCCACGCCACCCGAAGGAUAAAGUGAGGUUUAUUGGUGCAUCGAGAAGCGAAACCACAUUUCUGGUAAAGCACAGAUGAAGCGAGCUCGGAGGCGUAUGUGGGUGGGAUGACUGAUGAGGGAUGAUAGUGACAUUGAUGAACUUGCUACGGGCGUGUUGGAGACCGUCAUCCAACCGGCAUGCCCGGACAGGCUCAGAUGCUACCGGUAGGCAGGAUGGACUUCUAUGGUACAAGGACACUGGGCAGCAUGUAAAUGGGGAGUUCUCCAUGGCGGUUGUCCAGGCCAAUAACUUACUUGAGGACCAGUGUCAGAUUGAGUCAGGUCCAUUGAGCUUUCUUGACUCUGGUCCAUAUGGCACUUUUGUCGGGGUUUACGAUGGGCAUGGUGGCCCAGAGACGGCUUGCUACUGCAAUGAUCACCUCUUCCAAAAUCUGAAAAGGUUCGCUUCAGAGCAAAAUUCAAUGUCCGCUGAUGUACUGAAGAAAGCAUACGAAGCUACAGAAGAUGGAUUCUUCUCUAUUGUCACCAAGCAAUGGCCUGUCAAGCCUCAAAUAGCUGCUGUUGGCUCAUGCUGUCUGGUUGGUGUAAUCUGUGGUGGCAUGCUUUAUGUUGCCAAUGUUGGGGAUUCCCGUGCUGUUUUAGGAAAACAUGUUAAAGCCACUGGAGAAGUAUUGGCUGUCCAACUGUCGGCGGAGCAUAACGUAAGCAUUGAGCCAGUGAGAAAAGAAUUGCAGUCAAUGCACCCUGAAGAUAGGCAUGUUGUUGUUCUCAAGCACAAUGUUUGGCGUGUGAAAGGCCUAAUUCAGGUCUGCAGAUCGAUCGGUGAUGCCUAUCUCAAAAAACAAGAGUUCAACCGGGAACCUCUGUAUGCAAAGUUUCGGCUUCGCGAACCUUUUAGCAAGCCCAUACUAAGUUCAGAACCAUCUAUUUAUGUGCAGCCAAUACAGCCACAUGAUCAGUUUCUCAUAUUUGCAUCUGAUGGACUCUGGGAGCACUUGACCAAUCAAGAGGCUGUUGACAUUGUUCACAGUAGCCCCCGUAGUGGAAGUGCUAGGAGGCUCAUAAAAGCAGCUUUACUAGAAGCAGCCAAGAAAAGAGAGAUGAGGUAUUCUGAUCUCAAGAAGAUCGACCGCGGUGUUCGUCGCCACUUCCAUGACGAUAUAACUGUCAUUAUAGUCUUCCUCGACUCCAGCCUUGUAAGUAGGGCGGGCACCUGCAGGGGUCCUACUGUUUCUCUAAGAGGCGCUGGCGUGAGCCUGCGUAGCAACACGCUCGCACCAUAUGGGUCGCAGAUGUAGCCUGCAAGCUGAUGCUUUCACUGAUCAUAUCCCUCUGCGUAGCAACAGACAGAAAUUCUCUCGUCCAGGUUUUUAAUCCCAUCGCCAUAGUAUCACCAUAGUACUAUGUACCAUGUUUCAGUAUUGACUCAGGAAGGAUAGCUAGCUGCUUUGUUGAUGCUCCAUGGAAAGUGCAAAGCUUUCCAGGUUAAAAAGCAAGCAGAUGUUCUUGUUGUUGGAUCACUCAUUGCAGGAAUUUUAACACCAGUGCAUAUAUGAAAUAAUAAGCCAAAAGGGAGUAACUUGUUGACCGAUGUCGUGGACUCUGUUUAUGUAUGUAUAGCAGUUUUAUUUUGACUUGUAGCACAUGCAUUGUUACUUAUUGACCACUGUGGAGCUCUUCAUAAAGCCUGAAUUAUGAUGCUGUACUAUUA